GCACUCAGGCACCAAUGGAAGCGGGUGAUCAACAUUACAUAGCCACGCUCGACGUUGGCACAACGACCAUUCGGUGUUUCAUAUACGCGGCAAAAACAAACGGAGAACCGGUAACAGUCGGCACCGCCUAUGACCACGUCGAUUUGAUUUAUCCAGCUCCGGGAUGGGUUGAAAUAAACCCGGAAAAACUAUGGACCAGUGUGUUGCAGACGAUCCGUAAAGCAACUGAAGAUGCGAACUUGUCGAUCGAUCAGCUCACCUGUUUGGCCAUUUCGACGCAAAGAAAUAGUUUUACCUGCUGGAAUCGUAGCACGGGCCAGGUGUACCACAAUUUCAUCACCUGGAAGGAUUUGCGGGCCGAUCAGCUGGUAAAGGACUGGAACAGCAGCUUCACGCUACGUUUGCUCAAGUUUGGCGCGAGCUUUUUGCAUUUCUUCACCCGAAGCAAACGAUUUCUGGCGGGCAGUGUGAUCAAGCUGAUGAACCCACAGGUGACACUACGCUUGUCAUGGGUAUUACAAAACAAUCCAGCGCUUAAAGAGGACCUCAAAAUCGGGAAUGUCCUGUACGGAACGAUUGAUUCUUGGUUGCUGUACCGUCUGCGCCAGGGAACCGAUCUGACCCAUCUGGUGGAGCAUAUAAGCGAUGUGACCAACUGCACAUCGACAGGAUUUUAUGACCCUUUCGGACAAGAGUGGGCUGGUUGGGCAUUGAAUUUAUUUUCCAUUAAGCCUGAGUUACUGCCUAAGGUGGUAGACAAUUCGUACGACUUUGGCCACGUGCACGAAACACUCCUGGGAGCGAAAAUCAAAAUAGCCGCAUCGGUAAGCGACCAGUCAGCAUCCCUCUGGGGCAACUGUUGCUUUGAGCGUGGUGACGUAAAGGUCACGAUGGGAACCGGUUCCUUUCUAAACGUUAACACAGGAACAAAGUGCCUUGCCUCGGUGCACGGACUGUAUCCGUUGAUAGGUUACAAGCUGCAAAGUGGAAGUGGUGCGAAUGUGGACAUUAACUACCUCAUGGAGGGUUCGUCCAACGAUGCGGGUUCGAUCAUAGAAUGGGCGCGCAAUGUUGGUUUGUUUGAGGAUCCGGCCGAAAGUGCCACAAUGGCGAUGUCCGUGUCUAACUCGGACGGUGUCCUAUUCAUCCCGGCGUUCAGUGGACUUGGUCCACCAAUUCAAGACGAUACGGCGGGAAGUGGAUUCAUCGGGAUUAAACCCUCUACCCGCAAAGAGCAUAUGGUUCGUGCCCUCCUGGAAAGCCUCGCUUUCCGUGUGGCCCUGCUGUAUGACUGUGCGCUCAAAGAGACAGGCUUCUCUUUCACCAGCAUCAAGGUCGAUGGAGGUGUGUCGAAAAAUGAUUUCAUCUGCCAAACACUAGCCGAUUUAACGGGCAUUCAGGUAGAACGUGGUGAAGUGACGGACUCCACCGCAAUGGGCGCAAUGUUUAUGGCUGGAUUAAACUGUGGCAUCUGGAACACGAAGCGACAGCUGAACGAUGGUAUCGACCUCAAUCAUAAGUGGGACCGUAAGGUCCGUCGUACGAAGCCGAAAUCGUUGGACGUGUACCUUGCGCUAUUGGUGAAGCUGUACCGCUUCCUGUACCGCCGCACGCACAAGAAGUUCAACAAGAUCGUGAUGCGUCGUCUGUUCAUGAGCAGAACGAACCAGCCUCCCAUGUCCCUUCACCGUGUUGCACAGUUGAUGAGACUGCGCGGCAAGGACGAGAAAACGAUCGCCGUUGUGAUCGGCACCGUCACUAACGAUGUCCGCAUGCUGGAUGUGCCGAAGCUGAACGUAUGUGCACUGCGCGUAACGCAAAAGGCCCGCCAACGUAUCCUGAAGAACGGUGGCAAGAUCUACACGUUCGAUCAGCUCGCCCUUCUCUCGCCGACCGGUAGGAACACCGUCCUGAUGCAGGGCAAGCGUACCGCCCGGGAGGUAUUCAAGCACUUCGGACGCGCUCCGGGUGUGCCGCACUCCAACACCCGCCCGUACGUGCAGUCGAAGGGCCGCAAGUUCGAGAAGGCUCGUGGUCGUCGUAGCAGCUGCGGUUUCAAGAACUAAGCCCCGUUCCAGGGUUUAGCGGUUUGGAUUGCACUUCUUCAGAACAACAGCAACAGCAUCAACAUACACGGGAAAGCAACCGGAAGAAGUGCAGAGCAGUUUGUGCUCUUUUUGGUGUAAUAAGUAGGCGUUGGGUGAAGAAAAAUACAAGGAAGGAAGAUCUAUUCCAA